GUGUGCGCCCUCGCCCUGUCCGGCCCGGCCCACCUCCGCCCGUUCGCUCAGCCCACGAUCUCCCUGCUCACGGAGACCUCGGCCGACCGAGGAGAGGAGCCGAGGCUUCCUGCCCUGUUCGAUCUUCCGGCCCUCCGCGUGUUGCCUCGGCUCGAAGCUGCGCUGGCCCAACUCGUGCCAGCUGCCACUCCGCCUCCUCCUUCUCCUGCCGGCGGAGAUGCUGAUGAUGCUCCUCCGCCUCGUGUCGGCGGCGCCGGCCCGCCUCUUGCGGGCAGGGACGAGGGACUGUCUCUCGUGCACGCGCGAGUCCAGUCCCUCCUGGCGCCUACUCCGCCGCAGUUCGACCCGGCCUUGGCCCUCGCCUUCCCGCUCCACUCCUCCCGGCGCCUUUUCACCCCUGCCGAGGACAGGCUGCUCGCGAUUGGGCUUGAGCGGUUUGGGAGGCGGGGACUCGCGCAGGUGCACGAGCAAUACCUGUCCACCAAGACCUUCAACCAGGUCCACAACCGCUACAAACACCUCACCCUCGCGUCCACCACCUGGAACCCCGUCAAGGCGGUGCGGGCGGGCUGGCAGUGGGUCGAAGGUGCCCAGCUCAGCGGUGACGAGCAGCUGCUGGUGCGGGAGGGCAUUGCCGCGUACGGCUACCAAUGGGAGCAGAUCUCGCGCCACCUCCUGCCACACCGCGCUCCCGCGCGCCUGCAGAAGCUCUGGACGGAUCUCCACGCCUCACCCGAUCCCUCCUCCCUGCUCUCGCCCUCACCAUGUGGUCCUCUCUCGAGAGGGGACCAGGGCGCACCCACCUACAUCGUGUACUGUCCCAUGGGCCUGGUGCCCACCAUUUCCAUGGCCGGACAUCUUCCGGCCAUGGCCCCGUGCGGCGGCGACGACCCUCGUGCCUGCGACCUCGCGCCAGCUGCCCGCCCGUGGUGCGGUGAUGGCGGCGGCGACAUCGUCGCGGGCAAAGCGCCGGCGAGUGGAAGGCUCAGGAGCGGAGCGAUCGAGCAGCCGCCGCCGCAGCAUUUCGACCAAGAGGAGCUCUCCGAUUCUGAUUCGGAAGAAGUGGACGACGAAGCCGAGGCUCCCCCCGCUCUCCCUGCGCUCCCGUCUUCGUCGCCCUCCUCCCAGACGAGUCUCGCCUCGCUGCUCCCCGCCGACGUACGUCGCCACCACCCGCCACCGCAUUUUUUCUAUUUUCUAUUUUCUAUUUUCUCCAAUCCCUUCGUCCCGGUGCGUACAGAUGUUCGAGACCGUAUGCCUCUCGGACUCAGGCUCGGACUCGGAGGAUGA